UCCCCCGUGUAUGGAUUUUGCCAACUGAGCCGCUUCCCCGCCGCGAUCGCCCGGGCUAUCAUGUGCGCCUCGAGGUCGGCUUCCCAGGGCAGCUCCCGAGCCGAGUGAUCCCUCCGCGGGGCGCUCCGCUCAGCUGCCCCCCUUUUUUAAUGGUCAGCUCUUUCGUCCGGCUGCCGCCGCUCAGCCCCUUGGCUUCCUAGAUCUGCACCCCCCCCGGCCGCCCACACCCACCCGUGACGGAGAUGCACGCGGCGGAGUGGUUCAAGCAGCUAGCAGCUGCCUCCCGGAUCGUCUGGAUCCUCCUCUGGACUCUGGAGCUGCGGUGCGCUCUGGCGGACUUCACCCUGGAGAACGAGGUGCACUCGAGUUUCAUCCACAGGAGGCUCCGGAGCCAGGAGCGCCGGGAGAUGCAGCGGGAGAUCCUGUCCAUCCUGGGCUUGCCUCACCGGCCGAGGCCCCACUUGCACGGCAAGGACAACUCGGCUCCCAUGUUCAUGCUGGACCUCUACAAUGCUAUGUCGGUGGAGGAAGAGGGCCCCAGUGAAGGUGGCGAAGGUUUCUCCUACCCUUACAAGCCCAUCUUCAGCACUCAAGGGCCUCCCCUGGCCAGUCUGCAGGACAGCAGUUUUCUCACCGAGGCAGACAUGGUCAUGAGCUUUGUGAACAUGGUGGAACAUGACAAGGAGUUCUAUCAUCAGCGCAGUCAUCAUCGUGAGUUCCGAUUUGACCUCUCUAGGAUCCCCGAGGGUGAAGCAGUAACUGCAGCUGAGUUUCGAAUUUACAAGGACUACAUUAGAGAACGUUUUGAUAAUGAAACAUUCCAAAUCAGUGUCUACCAGGUCCUCCAAGAACAUCCAGGAAGGGAUUCAGAUUUGUUCUUACUUGAUACACGUAGAAUUUGGGCUGAAGAAGAAGGUUGGCUGGUAUUUGAUAUUACAGCAACUAGUAAUCAUUGGGUGGUAAACCCGCAGCACAAUCUUGGCCUGCAACUAUCAGUGGAGAGUAUAGAUGGACAAAGCAUCAAUCCGAAGUUUGCUGGUCUUAUUGGAAGGCAUGGCCCACAAAACAAGCAGCCAUUUACAGUGGCCUUUUUCAAAGCUACCGAAAUACACUUUCGAAGUAUCCGUUCUACAGGAGGUAAACAGCGGAAUCAAAACCGUUCGAAGGCACCAAAAAAUCAAGAAGCUUUUCGAGUGUCGAAUCUCGGAGGUACGCAAACCUUAGAAAACAGCAGCAGUGACCAAAGGCAAGCUUGCAAGAAACAUGAACUCUAUGUCAGUUUCAGGGAUCUUGGCUGGCAGGACUGGAUCAUUGCUCCAGAAGGUUAUGCUGCUUAUUACUGUGAAGGAGAAUGUGCUUUUCCAUUGAACUCUUACAUGAAUGCAACAAAUCAUGCUAUUGUACAAACACUGGUUCACUUUAUAAACCCCGAUACCGUGCCGAAACCUUGCUGUGCCCCAACACAACUCAACGCCAUUUCCGUCCUCUACUUCGAUGACAGCUCCAAUGUCAUUUUGAAGAAAUACAGAAACAUGGUGGUACGAGCCUGUGGCUGCCAUUAACAGCCUAGUCAGGAAAGCUAUUUCAAAAUGUGCAGACUGAAUUGUUUUUAUAAAAUAGAGAGUUGUAAAAAAAAAAAAGAGGAAAAAGAAAGAAAGAAAACUAUCCUAGGAAGAAUAUUUCUAAAUGGGCCAAAGGUUCAGCAAUGAUUUUUGAGAUGCAAGUGCUGCUUUGAGUAAAGUUGGCGUUAGAUUGCAUGAAAGCAUCUUGUUCUUAUGAUGAAAAUAAGGAUGAAUUUUAGGAACAGAUUUUUUCCAUUGCAAGUGCCUUGUCAAGAAAACAGACCUCUUUUCUUCCUUACUUUUCUUUUCUUUUCUUUAAUAAGAAAGCUAUUUGAGGUGUAUAUGAAUGUGGAACAUGUCCAUGAGCGCCACAUGCAUGUUUAUAGAACUUCUUCCUAAAGAAAUGCACCAUAUGAAUUAAAACAUAUGAAUGAAUUUAAGUGAAUCCACUGGCUAUUUUGACCACAUAACUAGGAAGAUGUGAAUUCUGACUUUUAUUAAAACAAUUCCAUGGCCUUAUAUGUUUGAAAUAUUCCCUACCAAGGCAGCUAUACAACUUUUGCAGUGAUUCCAGUCACUGAGCAUUAUGUAUAUACUGUAAUUUCUGCAGCUGGAUCUCCUGUUUCCCCUUCAAAGCGAGCAGACAGCAUUACAAAUCCAAGAAUCAGGGCUGUACACAAUAUCCUUGUAUGGCCAUGCAUAGUGUUCUAUAGAAGCACAGAGACAGCAAGAUAAACGGCAUACAGAUUGGAGUUGCAGUUGGCUGUAUUUAAUGUAAUUCAUGGAACUGCACAAUUAAGCUUCCACUAUUUGAGAAAACAGGGUUGACGAUAACAUUAACUAGAAUACUGACAAUAAAAUUUGCCAAUCUAUUUCCCAAGUCAGAGUAGCAAAUAUGCAGAUUUACUCUAAUAAUUUUUAAUCACUUUUUUUCUGACAAGAUUUCUUCUUUUCCUAUGCUUUAAUCCAAUUUGAUAGGCAAGAGAAAAGUCUAAAUAUUCAGAAGAGUGAAUUUCUUAAUGUGCAGGAACAAUGCAUUCAGCCAAUAUAGAGAUCUUUUGUUUCUGAAAAGUGCCUUCUCCCUUUCUGUUUUGGCAAUGCUAAUUUAAAUCUUUGUCUAAUCUGAAAUGGGAAGGGAGCAGAAAGGUGUAAAAAGUUAAUACAAUAAUAGCUGUUGAAUUAAAAGGCUACAUUCUUAAGCCACGUUGGUCAGACUAAUCUGGAUGAAGAGGUGGACAGCUUGUCAAUAUUUUCACAAUGCUAAAUGACAUGGAAUUGCUACUCUGUUGAUCAGUGGUAAGCAUUUUGUGACUUCCAGAUACUACUAAAUUGUAAGUCUCAUGUUUCAUUAUUAGUCAUGGUGGCUCAGAAGCUGGAAUUCAACAUCUGUAGAUCCAUGUGUUACCUAUUUCUGCAUAGAUUGUGCACACGAAAUUAUUCACUGGAGAGAGCGGUUGGGAGAAAAGUACAAGGAUAGAGGUUGGGUCUGUUAUGUAGAAUAAACAUUAAUCAAUAACUUGAUAGCAAGGUAAAUAAUUCAGGUUCUAUCAUCAAGCAGAAUUGUUUCCAAAACUUGAGAAUAUUAUUGCUCUUCCAAUUAGCUUGAGGAUGUCCAGGUACGGUGAUAUGAUUUUCAGCUGGGUUGUAUGUUGUCUCCAAAAAAUUUUUGACCGUUCAAGAAAAUUUCAUAGGAGAAGAUAUCAAGAUAAGAACCUACAUAGGAAGGCUAAAAGAGCUGAGCUAAAAAAGUAUUGAAUUUCAAGCAGCAAGUGUAAUAUGCCAUCGGCCAACACAGUGCUAGGCUGCAUUAACAGAGGGGUAGAAUCAAGAUCACGUGAAGUAUUAAUACCACUUUACAAUGCCUUGGUAAGGCCACACUUGGAAUACUGCAUCCAGUUUUGGUCACUG